UAAUGGAUAGACAUCUUCUAUAAAGCAUACUUUAAGCUGAACAACAAUAAUGGAUAACAGUUCAAGAGUACAAUUGGUGUCUGAGGAUUUGAGCGCUUGCCGCGUCUGUUUGGUCACUAACACUAGGCUUUAUAGCAUUCCUGAUGGGCUUGAAGAGAAUUUUAUACAGCUAAUGGGUGUGGAAUACUCGGACGAUGAUGGGUUGCCGCAGCACUUGUGUCCGUGUUGCCGGGCGCAGCUCCUGAGGUUUGCUGAUCUCCGCGCCCGCUGCCAACGCUCACAGGCCCUGCUGAGGGAGAUGCUGAAACAGCUGACCUUUCUUUCUACAGACGACAUACUCUCAAUAGACAGAAAUUAUCACAAACUUGCCCUAAACUUGGUAACACUUAGCGUUUACUCAUUCAGCUCACUUGAAAAAAAGACUAACAGAAAACCUAAAGAAAUUUGCGAAGACUCAUUCAAUGACAGGGAUGAACUGCCUGAAACUGAAAUAGAAAUUAAAGACGAACCCACAGAUCCUUUGAAUAACGUUGCAAAUAAUAUUGAAGAGACAGUUAACCUGAGUAAUAGUCUAGAAUCGCCUAAACAAUUAGUUGUAGAAAUAGAUGGUUUAAACAUAGGUCGAAUCUCCGUAAAAAACUUAGAAACAGUGAAAGAAACCAAAAAGAAAUCUAAAAAGGAGGAUAAAGAUGUGAAAACCAAAAGGAUAUCAAACCUGCUUCGUUUUGUGGCCGGGAAAAAGAGAAAUGCCAAGCCGUUGACAAAAUGGCAACUACAACUGCGAAGAGCAGAAAAUAAUUUCUUGCCGAACUUCGAUCACGCUGAGUUUGAGUCGAAGCAUGAUUGUAAGCUGAAGAUACUGACGAUGGAAGAGCAGCUUCAGGAGAUAGAGGAGCGGAAACAGAGCAGUAAUUAUUUGAAUCUUGAUUAUAAGUGCGAGCAGUGUGGGCGGGGGUUUGAGUUUGAGCAGCCUUUUAAGAAUCAUAUGGCCAAGCAUGACCCGAAUAUCGGUCCGUUCGAGUGCGACGUGUGCCACAUAUACUUCCGCACGCAGUACCUGCGGCACCGCCACCUCGACUACCACAAGAUGAUGUUCAGUUGCAACCUGUGCGGGUUCGUGACGCGCGCCAAACAUUUGGCGCGAAACCACUAUCUCAUGCACACUGGAAAGGUGUUCGAAUGCAAGCAAUGUGACGCCACUUUCACGAAAAGCACCUCGUACUACGGGCACGUGCGCCUUAACCACCCUUCCAAAGACCACGUGUGCGGGAUCUGCGGGGACUCUUUCAUCGGAGCCCUGGGGCUGCGGCAUCACCACGCGAAGGCACACAAAGAGUUGUCGAAGUCUAAGUUGUCGUGCGAGUCGUGCGGGGUGCAGUUCGCGAGCUCCGAGGCCAUGAGCAGACACAUGGACGGACGGACACACUGCGACGCGUCUUUAAAAGCGUGCGCGGAGUGCGGCGCGCUGCUCGACACGGGGGAGGCGCUCGCCGCGCAUGCGCGCACGCAGCACGAGUUCUGCUGCGAGGAGUGCGACCAAUCGUUCGUGAGCCGCAGCUCGCUGGAGACGCACCACCAGCGCAUCCACCUGCGCGUCAAGUGGCCGGCAUACGGCCGCACGAGGGAGAUGAACAAGGAAUACUACAGGAAGAUAAAAGAGAGGACGCGACUUCGAGCGCAGGUCGUCUGUGAAAUAUGCGGAGCGAAACUCAUGUCUAACGCGGCCCUGGAGAGGCACCAACUCGGGCAGUGCAAGCGAGAGAAAAGCAGCAAGUCGUACAAGUGUCCCUCCUGUGACAAGAUGUGCGCCACGAGGCAGGGGCUGCAGCUGCACGUGACGCUACACACGGAAGAGAAGCCGCACAAAUGCUCGCAGUGUCCGCAGCAGUUCAGGCAGGCGGGCGCGCUCAAGCGGCACCACGCGACGGUGCACCUGGGCAUCGACACGCGCGUGCAGUGCGCGCAGUGCGGCAAGUAUUUCUCGACGCCGUCUACUCGCAAACUGCACGUGAACACGGUGCAUCUGCGCCUGCCGCCGCCCAAGCGACGGCGGCAGAAGGAAUAA